AUGACCGACCCACCCCAAGAUCUACUAGAUGGGAUCUCAGGCGAGCUCGCAUCCGGAGGCGACGUACUCCAAAUGAUACUAGUAACGUUUAUCGGACUAUCAUGCUACAACGUCGCCGAGCUGGUAGUGCUAGUGCCGGCUACAUUCCGGCGCUGGCGGGGCCUCUACUUCUGGUCAUUGCUUGCGUCGGGAUGUAUAGGCGUGGUGCCGUAUUCGAUCGGGUUCCUGAUGAAGUUCUUCACGCGGGCUGAUUCGGUGUUGUCGGUCACUGUGUUGACGGUUGGGUGGUGGACGAUGGUGACGGGGCAGUCUGUUGUGCUGUAUUCACGGCUGCAUCUUGUGUUGCGGGAUGAGAAGGUCCUGCGACGGGUGUGGUGGAUGAUUGUGAUGAAUGUCUUUCUGUUGCAUGUUCCGACGACGAUAUUGACCUACGGGGCGAAUAUUGUGCACAGCGGGGAGAUUGCGUGGGUGGACGGGUACAAUAUCAUGGAGAAGAUUCAAUUGACGGGAUUCACGAUUCAAGAGAGUCUGAUUUCGACGCUAUAUGUGAUCGAAACGGUCAAGUUGCUUCGAAUCGGCGCCGAAUCGACGAUACGUCCUGAUGCCCGGUCGAUUAUGUACCAGUUGAUCGGGAUCAACUGCACCAUCAUCGCCAUGGAUCUGCUGCUGCUAGGGCUGGAAUACGCCAAUUUUUACGCAGUGCAGAUCACGCUGAAGGGGUUUAUAUACUCGCUGAAACUCAAGUUUGAGUUUGCCGUGCUAGGCCGAUUGGUGGACAUCAUUCAGGGUUCGCGACACCCGAUCUCCAUUGCCAUUGCCGAUACCCUGCCUCUAUGCUCGUUCACACACCAGAUGUCAGACCAACAUGAUGACCAGCCCGAGGUGGAGCCGAAACAUAGGGAGAUGGUAGAAGAGCGUUCGUGGAAUCCGGGAGGCGCAAUAAUUAAUUAG